UCUAUUAAAAUUUUACACAAGAAAAAGGAUUACGUGAAUCAUAACUAUAUUAAAUUUAUGUCUAAACUUUAAGUCGAAGAAUGCAUUAGAUUAGUGAGACCAUGAGAGAAAAACAUGGCGAAAUAUCUUAAUUUUCUCAUAAGUAUGACUAUAUACGACAUAAAUAUUUUUUUGGAUACGAACUCAUACCAGUAAUUGGAACACGGGUUGAGUCGGGUUCUACGGGUUGUGUAACCCAAAAUCCAAACCCAACCCAAAAGAGGUGGGUUGUACAAAACAAAACCAUCACCCAAUCUAAAACCUUUGUUUUAGUGAUAAAUACGGGUGGAUUGGGUCGGGUUGGAUAGGUGGGUCGGUUUGCGGGUGUGUUUGUUCACCCCUAGAUAAUACUACAACCGACACGUAUUUUGAAGAGGUAAUUUUUUCUUUGCUCAAAAUAUAACAAAGUGGAUAUCAUUGUGUAUAUCAUAAUUAAUGCAUUCUUUCUAUACAAUUUUUUUUAAUUCAAAGUUAAAACAAAUAUUAUAGAAUCCAAUUAAAAAAUAGGAGAUUAGAAAAAGUAUAUUCUCUCUUCUGUAUCCGUGUCAAAUUGUUAGGGAAAAAAAGAGGGUAAGGGUGAGGAAAUACCAGUUUGCCCCUCUGGGUUUUUUUGUUGUUGUUGAAAAUUAAUUUGAUUCCCUAUAUGGAGAAUGAGAUGGAGGCUAGAGGAUGGGAUUUUUAGGGUUCGUUUGGAUGGAACUUUCUUACGGAGCAAUUGAGUCCAAUUGACUCAAAAUGGAACAAUUGAGGCAGAUUACUCCGUUUGGAAACAAAAAAUCUGAAUGAGGCAAUUGGGCAUGGGGAAAUUGACAUUUUCUCAUUAUGGACCAAUUCUAAAUACCUGGGGUGGGGUAGGAAAUGUACAUUGCCCCAUUUAUUCCGUCGCUUUAUCCUAUUUGACCCCCUUUUUGUCUUCUUCUUUCCCUUGCUUUUUUAUUUCUCGUUUUUUCCAUCUCUCUCACCUUUACUCUUUCCUCUUAUCUUUCCCCCCUCUCUUAGGGAAGGAAGCUAUGGAAAAUUGCAGCUCAUCAAUGGUGAGAAAUAUUCUCUAGCGAGAAGCAUAAUCGAGGGUUCUCAAAGCGGCAAUAUGAAACUUGGUUCGUUGCUCGAUCUGUGGCUUUUCGACUGUUUGCAUGUGGGAUUCUGGGAGACCAAUCAUCCGCUCCAUUGAAGGCUUCUGUGCAACAAGCAGUGGCGUUUCUCACGCCCAGGACCUUCACCACAGCUUCCGCUCAAGUCAACAGAAGAGUUCAAAGCGCCGACUAGUAGAGUUUUCUAUUCUCUCUGACUCUCUCUGCGGCGAGACAAAGACGGUCUCUUCUUCUUACCUUGAUUUCUUCCUCCUGUUUUAUGAAAUCCUACUUGUACAAAGAAUCAAACCCUAUAAAAUAGAAGCUCGUCGGAGAAAUUCGCAAAAGACAGAGAUGAAAGGCCGCUUGUUUUUCGCUUUCGUCGCCCCUCAAUCUCUUUAGGUCAAUAGAGAAACUUAUUGCAUGUAUGUGGACAUGGCAAAAUCGAGUAGUUUAUAAUUUUGUAGAUGGUGAACUCGAAGGAAAUGUGUGAGAUCUACCAAGAAAGAAAACCCAGAAAUAGUCCCUAUAAACUUGCAGGAAAACAGGGGUGAGAAAUUUGUAGAAAACAGGGGUAAGUUCGUAUUUACCCAAAAUGACUCACUUACAUUCUCCCAUCUCACAACCCAUUCCAAACGAGACAUUCUGGGCAAAUUUCCUCAAUCAAUUGACUCAUUCUCUAAAAUGAGUCUUUUGUUUCAAAUUGUCUCGUUUUGAGAAUGAUCCAUCCUAGUGGUUUUGUAGGAUAGGGUUUUGUACCCUAGCAUGACGGUUAGAUUACUCGUUUGUUUGUUGGAUUUGAAAAUGAAGGUUUUUAGUUUUGAAAACCUUUGGAUUUAUGAUGGAUUUGUUUCAUUUGGUAUUUGAAAGAUAACAUUGUUUGUUUAGUUGAUUUUGAUCAUGGAUUUAAAGAUUUUUGUAUCAUGGGUCUCAACUCCUUGCCUUCAAUGACCAAAUACCAAAUGAAAUGUGGUAUUUGCAAAUACGUGGGGUCCACGGAUUUGGGGCUAAAAAAAUUGUCCAAAUCCAUGGGUCCCACGGAUUUGGAUUUGUAUGCCUCAACAAACAAUGUUUUUAUAUCAAAUACGUAAUGCUUUGUAUUUGGAUGACAAAUACAUCACCCAAAUCCCACAAGCAAACGACACCUAAUGUAUGAUAGUGGAAAGAUUAUACAAGUACAGUGCUAAAAUGACAAAAUAUAGCAAAAUGGUUACCUUUAAGUAGAUCAUAAUUAAUAUUUUAUUUCUAAGCACAAAAUUAUAAAUAUCAAAUUAAAAAGAAUGAGGUAUGAUCCAAUUAAGAAAAAUGAAUUAUUACGAAAACAUACUUUUAUUGGUCCAAAAUCUUUUCUAGAAUCGAUGUAUAGAAGGAGAGCGUAAUGAGGCACAAAUAUAGCGAGAUCUUGAUUUUUCUUUAUAUUCAUUUUUUCUUUAAGAGGCGACUAUGAUGGGCAUGCACCAAUAAUUAUCCUAGUACAUCCGACAUUAUCGUUUGUGGACCACAACAUAGAAGUAGGAAAAUAGAAGAACACAAUUGAAAGAAAUUGGAGGCAAAUGCUCACACAUGCACAAAAGGAGCUACCACCUCACACUUUAGAACAUACAAUUAGUCGGUAUGUUGGAUCAAAUAUGGUUGGGAACAUUGAUAUCUUAGAUUGCCUUAAUAUGGUAUCAACUAUGAGUGGAGAUCUAGAAUUUAGAGCAUUCCUUAGAAUUGCUAAUUCGUUUGAAUAUUAAGUGGUACGAUAACCUCUUUCUUUAUUUUCUCUAGAGUUUUUUUCAUUUGAUGUUGUAUUUUUGGGUUAGGAGGAGAUUGUAUGGUGUCAUUUUUGUUGUUUUACAAAUCAAGGGAAAAAAAUUCAAUCAUGAUGAGUUCAACACUUAAUUGUUGUAUAGCUGUAUCCUUAAGGGAGAAAAAAAAAUUCGUCACGAACUCCGCAUGUGGUGCUUGAUUAUAUAAAAUACUUUGAAGACAAAUUAUAUGAUGAGGAGUUGAAAAGCUCCAAUAAACAAGCCAAAAACAUUCCUUUCAGUGUCACUCCAGUUCAUCAACAAACAUACACAACCAAAAGAACACUUCAAAACUGUCCCAAAAUCCCCCCAGAUUUACUCUUAAAUUAAUCUCAACCCAAUCUUAACUAUUGCCCAGUGGCGCCUUCUCCAUCAUUUUCACUUGGACACUUUCGUUUCCACUCCCCUGCCAUCUCCUUCCCCUGUUUUUUCCCCUGUUUUCUUCCCCACCCGAACCUAACAUUUAAUAUAUAAUCAUGGUCAUAUUACCAUAAACAAUGAAUCAAAUUAUUCAGCAAGGCCGUCUACUUCUUGUCCCUAUACCAUUCCCUAAUCCUUAAUAUAUUAGUUCUUGCUCCUGAUUACUGUCGACGACUCUGUUUUGGGGGAACAGGAGCAAUGAAAACUGGAGGGGAAGUGAUAAUAGUUGCAGUCGACGCCGGGAAAGAGAUCAACGACUAUGCAAUCGACUGGGCACUUAGAAAUGUUAGCAGAGCCUUGGAUUCUCUUGUCCUUCUGGCUCUCCUGCCUUCCCACGGCAGCGAGGCGGCCGCCUCCCCUGCCUCUAUCAGAGGACAGCAGUCCUUGCACGGAUUGGUGAAGAAAUGGGUAAUGAAGAAAUGGUACAGAGAGGAGAACCCAGGUAUGCAGGAUUCGCUGAUGCAGGCAGUUCAGCAGGACGAGGCUCGCAGGAUCAACAAGGUCUGCCUCGAUAUGAUCCGCCAUCUCUGUCGCGUUCACAAGAAGCAGCUUCAAAUCCAAGUGAAAGUUAUAGCCGAUGCACAGUUCGGCUCGGUAGCUUCUUCUGCCAGGGAGCUUGAGGCAACCUGGGUAGUUCUCGAUAGGCGGCUGAAGAAAGAAGGGGAUUGUUGCAUGAGGCAGCUGAAGUGCAACAUCGUGGUGAUGGAGCAUUCGGUUCCAAAAGUUAUGAGAACCGCGGUGAAUCCUAAUCGGACAAGGAGAAGGCACAGCAUGUGCGGUGACCAAAUUGAUCCAGCCGCCUGCAACAACAUGAUAAUGGGAUUGCCCUGCGGCGGGUGCAAUCUUACUGCUAGCACCAGCACUGCAACUACACUAACUAGCUUUGGAAGGGAUAGUGAUGCAUUUACUUCUGUGGGUUCACUAGAAAGUCCAGAAGAACCGUUUGCGGGGAAGAAGAAGCCAUCCGAAUCACAUGGCGCUUUGCUCCAUUUGAAUUCGGAGCUUGUCCAAAAGGACGUUGAAGUUCAGGUUACACUCUCCAAGUCACCUCAAAAGGACAAGCCACAGGAGUUAUGCAGUUCAGAUGUUCUCUCUUCCAAGCUGCGAGCUUCCAAUGGCAAGAUCAAGAGCCAUAGUGGACUUUUGAAUCCGCAGAAAGUUCUGGAGAAGGUUGAGAGCAUUGACGGGGCUCGAAGAGUUAAGGCACCGAUGAGAAGGUCAUUCGAUGGACCGGUCAUAGUGAGGUAUCCCGAGAGCUUGAAGCCAAUAAAGCAAGGAAUCACCAGGAGGAACUCAUUGACAAACAGCAUCAGAGGGGAAGAGAUGCAACAACACCCCGAAGUACGUGUUGAUGGUCCUUCCAACAUUGAGGAGAGAACCUCCAGCAUCCGGAGGGCCAUAUCUAUCACCAUCAAACCACCGCCGAUUCCACCUCCAUUGUGCUCCACAUGCAAGCACAAGGCCCCGAUAUUCGGGAAGGCCCCCAAGAAAUUCACCUACGAGGACAUUCGAGCAGCCACUGAUGGGUUCUCGAGUGACAACAUAGUUGCACAAGGUGAUCAUGGCUCGGUCUACACAGGGAAGCUACCGGACGGGCAGGCAGUCGCGGUGAAGCAGUACAAGGCGCUCACCGCACAGAGCGCCUCAGAGUUCUGCUCCGAGGUCGAAGUGCUGAGCUGUGCUCAACACCGCAACCUCGUGAUGCUGCUUGGGUACUGCAUCGAGACGGAGUGGCUUCUGGUCUAUGAGUUGGCUUGCAACGGCUCGCUGGACCAUCAUUUGUAUGGGAAAGAAGAGAUGGAGGAUGAAGAUGUGAUGGCUUGGGAGCAUAGGAUGAAGGUUGCUAUAGGAGCAGCUAGAGGGCUGAGAUACCUCCAUGAGGAUUGCAGAGUUGGCUGCAUUGUUCAUAGAGACUUCAGGCCUCAGAAUAUCCUCCUUACACAUGAUUAUGAGCCCAUGGUGGGUGAUUUUGGACUGGCGAGAUGGCAAUCAGAUGGACAGAAAGCUGAGGAAACCAGAGUUAUAGGCGCAAUUGGGUAUUUGGCUCCGGAGUACACCCAAGCUGGACUCAUAACAGAGAAAGCUGAUGUCUACGCGUUUGGGAUGGUGCUUUUGGAGCUUCUGUGUGGGGUAAAAGCCCCAGAAUUCUCAAGAAACAUGGGACAACAGUUCCUGCUCGAACUGGGGCGUUGGCUGCUAGACAGAGAAGUAGUGAGCGAGAUUCUGGACCCUCGGCUGAAUGACAGCUACGUGGAGAAGGAAGUGAGGAGCAUGAUCUAUGCUUCCAGCCUGUGCCUAUCACCAAACCCUGAAAAGAGACCCAGAAUGUCCAAGGUUCUGAAGAUCCUGGAAGGAGACAUACCUUCACAUCCAGAGCCAGUGAACGUCAUUGUGCAACCGCCAACAGUGUAUCCAAACCAAUUCGUCAACAUGAUCUACGGUUCAGAGACACCAGUAUUCUCUAGGGCACUGAAUCAAGCAUCGUCCUUCAAGAAGGGACCACACUGGCGGCGACACUCGACUAUCGCCGGCAAUGAGAACCAGGGUUGGCUUGGAACUCCGUCGGCGGGCAGAGCAGAGGAUUUCCGGCAAGCUGAGAUGGAUUUCAGCGGCGAGUAUCGGGCGCAUUUAGAAGGGUCGCUGGCCAAAUUCUUCGAGGGAUUGAACAGGCAUGGGAAAACUACUUCGGAUGAGCCUGCUGUCGUGUAGAUUCAACUAUUCAAGGAAGUUGAGGGGAGAUGGGGGCGGCGAAAUUUCGGUUUGUUGCAAUCGAUUUUUUGGCUUUAAUUUCUUCUUUGUGGAAUCAGGAAUGUAGUUUGUUGUGACCAAGGUUCUAAAAGCGCUAGGCGUAAGGCAGGCGCUCGGCUCCUGACUUGCGCCUUGUCCGAUUAGGCGUAGCUUAGGCGCGUCUAGGCGUUCAGAGCAUAAAUGGAAAAAUUCUCAAAUAUUUCCUGUUUUCUGGAUAAUUCAUAUAAUCCAAGUGCAUAUAAAAUUAGUAAUGCCUAGUUCUUAACAGUAAACACUUAACAUAACAAAUUACAAGCAAAUAGUGACCAAUCAUCUGCUAAUAGGUGCUUAUAGAGGCAAAAAGCUUGUGCUACGUAACGAGGAGAAGGAAGGAGCAACAAUUGGCGAGUUUCGACUUUAUUUCCCACUAUAGCAGCGGAGCGGUGUGAAGGCAAGAAGAGUGAUCGAUGACUUUCUCCUGCAGCGGCAGAGAGCAGCAAAUGGGGCGAGGGCUAGGGCGGCAGGCGGUAGUAGAUGGGGCGGGAGCUAGGGCGGCAGGCGGCAGCAGAUGUUACUUCCCGUGUUUCUGAUUUUCUAGGGCAAGAGGCAACUUUCUGAUUUUCUAGGACAAAACGAAGAGUAUUGGGUUUAACCGCCUAAACUCGCCCAAGAACGCCCAUGCACGCCUUCUCUCCACUAGGCGCAAACUAAGCGCUAUUCUUACCUACUAAGCGCUACCAGCACCUUUUACUACGCCUAUGGCCAAGUCAAGGCGAUCUUCUACCGCCUAGCGCCUAAUUGAGCCUAGGCGUGCGCCUAGGCGCGCCUUCUUGAACCCUGGUUGUGACUACUUACCCAUUGAUAAAUAGGAGUGGGGUUGGUGUGUAUACACUUCCAAACAAUUGGCAAAAAAAUUUCAGUAAAAAAAAUUUGGCAAAAUACAGCUGUAUAUCCAUAAUUAUCACGUUUGUAACAAAUGUAUCCACAACUAUCGAAAUACACGAAAUAUUCAAAAAUCGGAAGGUUGUAUGACAAAUCUAUCCACUUCCGUCUGAAACUAUAACGGUGUUAGUGACGCUAUUAAUUAUUGUGACGGAAUGCUGACUAGGAUCCAAAUCACCGUCCAUGUCAGCAACAAAUCAGCAUAAUAUUA